CGCGAACCCACGUUCCAGGAGCGGCCCCGGGGUCACUGCCCUCCCUUCCCCCCACCCCAGCCACCAAACGCUCUUCUCCCCCUUCCUGCAGCCUUUUGGGAACUAAAAGGUUAACUCCGCCCUCCCCCUGGGCCCCUUUUCCGCACUAACCCUCUCAAUCUGGAAGCUGGGACACGGGGGCGGUCCUGGGUGGACUGGGUCACGGGGACCCUGGGCUCCCUAGUUUAACGCCCUUUCCAGAAACCUGCCACCCUCCCGUCCACCCCCAGACGCACACACAUCCGUAGGCUCACACCUUUUCUUGCCAAGAUCCCGAACCAACGCAGCUCUCUUCCCCAAACGGAACCAGGUAGGGAGGGAGGAGGCGGGGCGCGAAAGCGUCCCGGCUGCCCCCACUCGAGUCGCCCUUCGGUCCUCCUCCCGACCCCAGCGAGCGAGCCCCUUCGCGGCGCGGCUCCCCGCAGGAGGAAGGCGCGGAGGGUCUCGGAGCAGAGCGCGCGGGCAGGUCCGCAACUUCGGGGCGGGGACGAAGGGGUUAAAGGUCCGGGGCUGGCGCUCCCGUCGCCGAGUCUGGGAGGGGAAGCGGCGGGAGGAAGGGCCCGGAGCCUGGCUCCGGUCCUCCCCUGUCCCCCCCCCCCCUCCCCCCCGACAGCCGGGGACUUGAGCCGGCCGGACGCCCCCUCUGGCACCCUCCCGGGGCGGGCGCCCAGGCGCGCACGAAAGCCCGCCGCUCCCCUUCCCCGGCUCGCGCCCUCGCCCACCCCCCUCCCUUGGGCGCUCUCGCUCCUUCCAACACUCACUCACCGGCGCGCUCGCCCGCGCCCCGGGCCACGGCGCCCCUCCGUUCGCGCCCACCUGCCCCGCGGCGCCCUCCACCCGCCCCUCGCGCAGCGGCCGGACGGGCAGCGUGCCCCGGGGUGGGCGCGCCCCGGGCCCGCGACGCGCGGCUGGUCCGGAGGGUGCCCGGGGGGCCAUGGCGCGAGCGCUCGCCCGCCGAGCUGCCCGCUGAGGCCAUGCUGCGCCCCCGGCGCCCCGGGCGCCCCGCCGGCGCCCGCCUGCUCCCGCUCCCGCCGCUGCUGCUGCCGCUGCUGCCGCUGCUGCUGCCCGGAGGCCACGCGGGGAACCUGACGGUGGCCGUGGUGCUGCCGCUGGCCAACACCUCGUACCCGUGGUCGUGGGCGCGCGUGGGGCCGGCGGUGGAGCUGGCGCUGGCCCGGGUGAGGGCGCGGCCCGACUGGCUGCCCGGCUGGACGGUGCGCACGGUGCUGGGCAGCAGCGAGAACGCGCGGGGCGUCUGCUCCGACACGGCCGCGCCGCUGGCCGCCGUGGACCUCAAGUGGGAGCACAGCCCCGCCGUGUUCCUGGGCCCCGGCUGCGUGUACGCCGCAGCCCCCGUGGGGCGCUUCACGGCGCACUGGCGGGUGCCGCUGCUGACGGCCGGCGCGCCGGCGCUGGGCUUCGGGGCCAAGGACGAGUACGCGCUGACCACCCGCGCGGGGCCCAGCCACGCCAAGCUGGGGGACCUGGUGGCGGCGCUGCACCGACGGCUGGGCUGGGAGCGCCAGGCGCUCGUGCUCUACGCGUACCGGCCCGGCGACGACCAGCCCUGCUUCUUCGUGGUGGAAGGCCUGUACGUGCGCCUGCGCCACCGCCUCAACGUCACGGUGGACCACCUGGAGUUCGCCGAAGGCGACCCCCAGCACUACUCCCUGCUGCUGCGGACCGUGAGGCGCCAAGGCCGAGUUAUCUACAUAUGCAGCUCCCCAGAUGCCUUCAGAACUCUGAUGCUUUUAGCCCUGGAAGCUGGCCUGAGUGGGGAGGACUAUGUGUUUUUCCACCUGGACCUCUUUGGACAAAGCCUGCAAGGUGCACACGGUCUUGCUUCCCACAGGCCCUGGGAGAGAGGCGAUGGGCAGGAUGCCAGUGCCCAGCAGGCCUUUCGGGCCGCCAAAAUCAUCACAUAUAAAGAGCCGGACAACCCUGAGUACUUCCAAUUCCUGCAGCAGCUAAAACACUUGGCCCAGGAGAAGUUCAACUUCACCCUUGAGGACGGCCUGAUGAACACCAUCCCAGCGUCCUUCCACGAUGGGCUCCUGCUCUACAUCCAGGCAGUGACAGAGACUCUGGCACAUGGGGGAACCUUCACUGAUGGGGAGGCCGUCACUCAGCGGAUGUGGAACCGGAGCUUCCAAGGGGUGACAGGAUACUGGAAAAUGGACAGCAAUGGAGAUCGGGAGACCGACUUCUCCCUCUGGGAUAUGCAUCCUGAGACUGGCACUUUCAGGGUGGUUCUGAACUACAAUGGGACCUCCCGAGAGCUGGUGGCCGUGCCAGGCCACGAACUAAGCUGGCCCCUGGGCCACCCACCUCCUGACAUCCCCAAAUGUGGCUUUGACAACGAGGACCCGGCUUGCAACCAAGACCACUUUUCCACGCUGGAAGUUCUGGCCGUGGUGGGCAGCCUCUCCCUGCUCAGCAUUCUGACCGUCUCCUUCUUCAUAUACAGGAAGAUGCAGCUCGAGAGGGACCUGGCCUCAGAGCUGUGGCGGGUGCGCUGGGAGGACGUGCAGCCCAGCAGCCUCGACAGGCACCUCCGGAGUGCAGGCAGCCGGCUGACGCUCAGCGCGAGAGGCUCCAAUUACGGCUCCCUGCUGACCACAGAGGGCCAGUUCCAAGUGUUUGCCAAAACGGCAUAUUAUAAGGGCAACCUCGUGGCUGUGAAGCGUGUGAACCGUAAACGCAUCGAGCUGACUCGUAAAGUGCUGUUUGAACUGAAGCAUAUGCGGGAUGUACAGAACGAACACCUGACCAGGUUUGUGGGUGCCUGCACUGACCCCCCCAACAUCUGUAUCCUCACGGAGUACUGUCCCCGUGGGAGUUUGCAGCAGGACAUUCUGGAGAAUGAGAGCAUCACCUUGGACUGGAUGUUCCGAUACUCUCUUACCAAUGACAUCGUCAAGGGUAUGCUGUUCCUGCACAAUGGGGCCAUUUGCUCUCAUGGCAACCUCAAGUCUUCCAACUGUGUGGUGGACGGGCGCUUCGUGCUCAAGAUCACUGACUUCGGGCUGGAGAGCUUCAGGGACCCAGAACCAGAGCAAGGCCACACCCUCUAUGCCAAAAAGUUGUGGACAGCCCCUGAGCUCCUGCGAAUGGCCUCACCCCCUGCCCGGGGCUCCCAGGCAGGUGACGUGUACAGCUUUGGAAUCAUCCUUCAGGAGAUUGCCCUGAGGAGUGGCGUCUUCCAUGUGGAGGGUUUGGACCUUAGCCCCAAAGAGAUCGUGGAGCGUGUGACUCGGGGUGAGCAGCCCCCCUUCCGGCCCUCCCUGGCCCUGCAGAGUCACCUGGAGGAGCUGGGGCAGCUGAUGCAGAGGUGCUGGGCUGAGGAGCCGCAGGAACGGCCCCCCUUCCAGCAGAUUCGCCUGAUGCUGCGCAAGUUCAACAGGGAGCACAGCAGCAACAUCCUGGACAACUUGCUGUCCCGCAUGGAGCAGUAUGCCAACAACCUAGAGGAGCUGGUGGAGGACAGGACCCAGGCCUACCUGGAGGAGAAGCGCAAGGCCGAGGCCCUGCUCUACCAGAUUCUGCCCCGCUCAGUGGCCGAGCAGCUCAAGCGUGGGGAGACGGUCCAGGCUGAAGCCUUCGACAGUGUUACCAUCUACUUCAGCGACAUUGUGGGCUUCACGGCCCUGUCGGCAGAGAGCACGCCUAUGCAGGUGGUGACCCUGCUCAAUGAUCUGUACACCUGCUUUGACGCCGUCAUAGACAACUUUGAUGUGUACAAGGUGGAGACCAUUGGCGAUGCCUACAUGGUCGUGUCGGGGCUCCCCGUGCGGAACGGGCUGCUGCACGCCCGCGAGGUGGCCCGCAUGGCCCUGGCGCUUCUGGAUGCCGUGCGCUCCUUCCGCAUCCGCCACCGGCCCCAGGAGGAGCUGCGCUUGCGAAUCGGUGUCCACACAGGACCCGUGUGUGCCGGCGUGGUAGGGCUGAAGAUGCCUCGCUACUGCCUCUUCGGAGACACAGUCAACACCGCCUCCAGGAUGGAGUCUAACGGGGAAGCCCUGAAGAUCCACUUGUCUUCUGAGACCAAGGCUGUCCUGGAAGAGUUUGGUGGUUUCGAGCUGGAGCUUCGAGGGGACGUAGAAAUGAAGGGCAAAGGCAAAGUGCGGACCUACUGGCUCCUAGGGGAGCGGGGCGGUAGCACUCGAGGCUGACCUGCCCCCCCCCCCACCUUGGCCUUCUACACCCCCUUCCCUGCACCAGAAGCAACAGAGAGCUUCCAGGUCCUGGCCUCACUCACAGCAGCCCCACCACUGCCAAAGGGAUCGGAGAAGUAGUUUGAACAACCCAAACGUGCUAACCCCAGUGGAGACACCAGAUGUGACCUCUGGUGGAGGACUGGUGUUGGGGAGGACUCGGAGUUCAUGGGACUGGACCAAAGCACACAGUCAUAUCCAGUGGCACACGCAGACAAGUGUACCCACUCUCCACCCGGACUCAAGCCAGGCUAGGGUGUGGACUCCACUUUGAGACACUGUGACUUCUAUGGGGAGGGGGGAGAGCCACUUUAGAGGUAACAGGAAAGGGGACUACAGGUGAAUCUAGAGGGUGAGGGGAGUCCACAUCUAGGCCCAACCCACAUGGGCCACAAACACCCCCCCAUACUCCCCCCAGCACUGAAUACAGUGCACAGGGGAGGGGCAGCCCUGUAUGUCUUGUUUCUCCUGUGAGCAGAGACCAUGAACAUCUUUAUUCCAGUGAAUGUCUCUGGAAGGACAGCGGGUGGCCAGAAAACACAGCCGUGCUCCCUGCCCUCUGUUCCACAUAAGAUGCUUCCUGAGCUGGGGAGUGCAGUGUCUGAAAUCAGCUUCAGUUUCCUCAGCCAGGAUCUACGUGACAGCCUGUGAAUUACCCCAGCAGUGCUGACGCUCUUGGUCUAAGGACCUGUUUACACCCUUAAGAAUUAUUGAGGGCCCCAAAGAGCUUUUGUUUAUGUGGAUUAAAUCUAUCCAUAUAUAGCAUAUUAGAAAUUGAAACAAGUCCUUAUUAACUCAUUUAAAUAAUAAACCAAUCAUAUGUUUAUAUA